CAAGAGGUUCGCUCCCAAGAUCCCAGUGGUGCUCUACCACGGCUCAAUGGCUGAGAGGGAAGAGUUACGCAAGACACUGUUCCUUACACAAGCAGAAAUUGCCCAGAAAAAACAGAGCAAGAGGAAAUCCAAGAGCAUGAAGAAGCUACCCCCUAGUAACUCACACCUGCUACAACAUGUGCAGCCAGUGGUGGUGACUUCAUAUGAGAUAUGUAUGAGGGAUGUCAAGUUCCUACAGUUCAAGGGUUGGGCGUAUCUGGUGGUGGACGAGGGGCACCGUAUUAAGAACCUCAAUUGCAAGCUCAUCAAAGCCUUGAAGUCAUAUGAUGCUUCCAACCGCCUCCUACUCACGGGGACUCCACUACAGAACAACCUAGCUGAGUUGUGGUCUCUCCUCAACUUCCUCCUGCCUGACAUCUUUAACGACCUCAACAGUUUCCAGUCAUGGUUUGACUUUGCUAAAGGUGGUGAGGAUGAGGUCAGAGAGAAGAUCAUAGCCCAGGAGAGAGAGCAGCAUGUGCUCAGGACACUGCAUCAGAUCCUCACUCCAUUCCUCCUACGUCGACUCAAGACUGACGUGGAGUACUCCCUACCUCCUAAGAAGGAGAUCCUAGUCUAUGCCCCACUCACUCAACACCAGGAGAAGUUCUACAAAAGUCUACUGGACAAGUCGAUUCUGAACCUCCUGGACAAAGAGAAAGAGGAGAGACUGAAAGCACGAGGGGGCGGCAGAGGGAGUAGUGGGGUGUGUGAGGGCGUGGAGGUGUGUGAGGAGGAGGGCAAGAGAGCUCGGCAAUGCAAGAUCAGCAAGUCAGACUGCUACUCUCAACUGACAGACAGUCAGUUUGACUCCAUCAUGACUGGAGAGGCAGAUCUGAAGGACUUUGUACCCCAAGUGGAGGAAACAAAGACAAACAAAAAGGAUCUUGUUCCCAAGUUCUCUGCUACUAACAUCAAGAUGACGAGUGUGUACACGAUGCUGCGACUAUGCUCCAACCAUCCCUACCUCCUCGAGUUCCCCCUCACCCCCAGCGGAGACUUCAAAGUGGACGAGGAGUUAGUUCAGUGUGCUGGCAAGAUACGUGUGUUGGACAGAUUGCUAACUGCUCUCAUUAAAGAUGGACACAAGACUCUCGUGUUCUCCCAGUUCACUCGUAUGCUGGACAUACUGGAGGACUACCUGGAGAUGAGGGGUGUGGUUUACGCCCGAUUGGACGGCUCUAUGGGAUUUGCCGAUCGUCAGAUAAACAUUGCCAAGUUCAAAAGUCAUCCUGCCUGUAUGGUGUUCCUACUGAGUACUAGAGCAGCUGGGCUGGGCCUCAACCUCACUGAGGCAGACACGGUUAUCCUGCACGACUCUGACUGGAACCCCCAGACGGACCUUCAGGCCCAGGAUCGCUGUCAUCGUAUAGGGCAGUCCAAGCCGGUGGUGGUGUACCGACUAGUGACUGCCAACACCAUCGACCAGCGCAUUGUAGAGAGGGCAGCUUCCAAGAGGAAACUGGAGAAGAUGAUCAUUCACAAAGGGAAGUUCAAGGGUAACACCAAUGACAGUGCAUGUGAUCUCUCUCUAGAAGACCUCUCGGACCUGUUGAACUCUGUGGACCAUGAUCGGGUGGUGGGCAGGGAUGGUCAGGUGAUCUCUGAUGACGCCCUCGCCGCUCUAUUGGACAGAACUGCGACUAAGCGACCAGUAAACGAGUGCCCAGACCAAGGCUCUGAUGAUAACGGUGACGAGGGGGAGACUAAUCACUCUGGAGUGUUUAAAGUGCUCGAGGAUAUUGGCAACGUGGUGUGUAACAAAGAAGAGGUAGCAAAGAGCGAAAGCAAUGACGAUAUCGUGAAGCUCCAAAACGAGAAUAUGAUUGAAGACAAGACUGAUUUGGCAACAGACACUCAACUUAUUGAACACAACUCAAUCAAUGUCGGCAAGAAUGAAAGUAUGCAGCUCCCUACCCAAGAAGAUGAUCAUUCGAAAGAAACCCCCUUAACCAACGAAGGGUCAAUAACGUGUGAAACAAUGGAGACUACCAUCGAAAGCAAGAGUUCUAUACUAGCUACUGGACCAGCAGGAGGCGACAUGGAGCAUCUAACUGAAGGAAACAAUACAAAGAGUGUCCUAAAUGAAACAAUGGAGACUGACAAUGAAAGCAAGAGUGCUACACUAGCUACUGGACCAGCAGGAGGUGACAUGGAGCCUCUAACUGAAGGAAACAAUACAAAGAGUGUCCUAAAUGAAACAAUGGAGACUGACAAUGAAAGCAAGAGUGCUACACUAGCUACUGGACCAGCAGGAGGGGACAUGGAGCCUCUAACUGAAGGAAACAAUACAAAGAGUGUCCUAAAUGAAACGAUGGAGACUGACAAUGAAAGCAAGAGUGCUACACUAGCUACUGGAUCAACAGGAGGGGACAUGGAGCCUCUAACUGAAGCAGACAAUACAAAGGGCACUCUAAAUGAAGCUAGCGGAGCUAUGGAUUGUGAUACCCCGAUCGAGUUUGCGGUAAAAAGCAGCAGUGAGAAAGGCAGGAGUGGUGACUGUGAGAUCACUGGGAUGGAUUGUGAUGUGCCGAGGGAGCAUGUGGUUGUGGAUAUAUCGGCCUGCCUGUAAUUAACUGUCACGUACACUAGGAAACUCAAUAAUUAAAAAUAUUAUUUACUCAACAGGCAUUAUUUUGGGUUUGUCAUCAUCAUUACAUACAUUACCCUAAUCCAUUUAUCUCAUGAUUCUACGUUAUAUAAUUAUAAAUUGUACAUGUAUGUACUACUACUGUGUAUAUACUUGUAUACCCUCC